AGACGAACCGAACCCCAAAUCCUCCGCGGCCAGCACGCAACUCGGCUCGCGGUGACGGGUCCCAGUUCAGAGAAUGGCACCGUUCGGGAAGCGGAGGGUUCUAGUAUUGGUCUGCGCCAGUGUCUUUCUGUUCUUUCUAUACUCGUUUCGCAGGUUCGAUGCCGACGCUCUAGGUACCCGAGUAACCCGACCACUUGCCGGCUCACAGCGCGGCGGCAGUGCCCCGGCUGCCGGACCCAGAGAUGGUACCGCACUGGGCCGGCAGACGCGGUGGAGCCGGCUGCAGACCAGGCAUCCCGUCAAGAACAUGCGUCAGCUGCCGACCGGGCAGCCAAAGGACCUGCCUAGGAUCCAGAAGACCUUUGACUCCGAGUCCGCAUCAGAACGGGAGGUGCGUCUCCAGCGCCGGGAUGCCGUGAAGAAGGCUUUUCAGCGCUGCUGGAAUUCAUACCGCAAGUACGCUUUUGGAAGCGACGAGCUCAAGCCCGUGACCGGCGGCAGACAUGAUCCUUUCGGUGGCUGGGGCGCGACUCUCGUCGACAGCCUCGAUACGCUCUGGAUCAUGGGGAUGAAGGACGAAUUCUCCGAGGCCGUUGCUGCCGCGUCGAAGAUAGACUUCGACAAGGUGGCCGCCAAGGAAGUCAACGUCUUCGAGACCACUAUCCGUUACCUGGGCGGAUUCCUGGCUGCGUACGACCUCAGCGGCGACAAGCGCCUUCUUGCCAAGGCCUGCGAGGUCGGCGAGAUGCUCUACGUCGCGUUCGACACUCCCAAUCGGAUGCCCGUAACGCGAUGGGAUGCGCGGGCAGCCCUCUGGGGCAAGCCACAGCUCGCCCAGGAGCACACCAUCCUGUCCGAAAUCGGCACCUUCUCGCUCGAGUUCACCCGCUUGUCCAUCCUGACUGGCGAUCCCAAGUGGUACGACGCCUCGCAGCGAAUCACCGAGCUGUUCCAGGAGCAACAGCAAGCCACCCAGCUCCCAGGGAUGUGGCCGGUCAUCGUCGACGCUCGGAAGAUGGACUUCCGUAGCCACAUCGACUACAGCCUCGGUGCUCUGGCCGACUCGUUGUACGAGUACCUGCCCAAGACACACGCCCUCGUUGGCGGAUUGCUUCCCAUGUACCGCGAGAUGUACGAGGCCUCCAUGGAUACGGCGAUCCGCUAUAACCUUUUCCGGCCGAUGCUGCCGGAUGAGAAGGAUGUGCUUAUCUCCGGCCACAUGAUGUCCAAGUUCGAUAGCGACAGGAGCGAGUAUUACCGCCAGCUGCGACCCGAGGGUCAGCACCUCACAUGCUUUGCCGGUGGUAUGCUUGCCCUCGGCGGGCGGCUCAUUCAGAACGAGACGCACGUAGAAAAGGGAGAAAAGCUGAUGGACGGCUGCAUCUGGACUUACCAGGGAAUGCCACUGGGUAUUAUGCCGGAGAGGUUCUAUAUGCUGCGCUGCGAGUCGGCGGACCACUGCCCUUGGGAUGCAGACGCGUGGAGAAAGGCAGUGUUGAAGAAGGCCGGGCUCGACGAGAAGAUGGAUGCGAAGCAGGCCGAUGAGGCCAUUACCGGCAAGCGGAUACCCAAGGGCUUCGUUUCCAUUGACGAUGAGCGCUAUGUCCUGCGCCCCGAGGCCAUCGAGAGCGUAUUCAUACUGUACCGGAUUACAGGACGCAAGGAUCUGCCCGAUGCGGCCUGGAAGAUGUGGGAAGCCAUUGACAAAACCACGAAGACGCGGCUGGCCAACUCUGCGGUUUGGGACAUCACCGUCACGGAGGGGAAGCCGCCGAUGAGUGACUCGAUGGAGAGCUUCUGGCUAGGCGAGACGCUCAAGUACUUCUACUUGAUGUUUAGCGAGCCUGAGCUCAUCAGUCUGGACGAGUACGUCUUUAACACGGAGGCGCAUCCGUUUAAGAGAUUACUUCCGGAAUGAGAAAAGGUGUGUUUAGGACUUUGGGUGUCCGGUCUGGAUAACGAAGUCACGUUGAUUUAUUUGGCUCCGGCUGGCUGGGGCUACGGUGGCUGGACUUGGGCAAGUAUACGACGAUUCCUUGGCGCUUGUGUGUACACUGAUUAAAAAUAGACGAGAACCUAUUCUAGAGCCAAGUUAUUUAUCUCCUAGUUGUUCUCCAUAGGGAUCUAAUGAGUUGCGGCUAUAGGAUAUGUUACAAGCACGGCAUUUAUGAUCGAGGGUCAGAGAGGUAGGUUAAAACCAUGGCAGUUCUCGAGCAUGCGUUUAC